UUUCGUUCAUAUGAUUAUAAACAAAAUUUGCAAAGAAGAAGAUCCUGAUUGGGAAGAUGAUAAUUACGAUGAUAUAGUUGAUUUUCAAAUUCAAAAUAAUCGUAUCAGUUAUACUGAUCAAAAAUAUACUAUAUCUCACAUGGAAAAAUUAAAAAAAUUUUCAAGCAAAAUCAAUGUGCAUUCAUAUACAGGUGGAAUGGGCAAAUUACAGAAUAAUGUGCUCAAUUCCUUAAAAGAAAAGGGAAAGAAAAUUGAUAAUCAAAGAUUUAAAGUUAAAGAUAAACGUGAUAGAGCUACUAUUGAACAAGUAAUGGAUCCUAGGACGAGAAUGAUAUUGUUUAGACUACUUAAUUCUGGAGUUAUUCUAUCCAUUAAUGGUUGCAUAAGCACUGGCAAGGAAGCAAAUGUCUAUCAUGCAUUAGGUCCGAAUAAUUUGCAGGCAGCAAUAAAAAUUUACAAAACUUCAAUCUUGAUUUUUAAAGACCGAGAUAGAUAUGUAACUGGUGAAUUUAGAUUUAGACAAGGUUAUUGUAGGCAUAAUCCACGCAAAAUGGUUAAAACUUGGGCUGAAAAAGAAAUGAGAAAUUUGUUGCGGAUACACAAAGCUGGUAUAAAAUGUCCUGAACCUUUAUUAUUAAAAGGACAUGUACUAGUUAUGCGAUUUUUAGGCAAAGAUGGAUGGCCUUCUCCACUUAUGAAGGAUAUUUCUUUAGAUGCUAACCUGGCUUGCACCCUAUAUCUCAAGAGUGUGGUAUUGCUUUGGGACCUAUAUAGAUUAUGCAAACUGGUACAUGCCGAUCUCAGUGAAUUUAAUCUAAUCUGCCAUGAUGAUGAAUUGUAUGUUAUAGAUGUUUCCCAAUCAGUUGAAUGGGAUCAUCCCAGGGCCUUCGAUUUCUUGAGGAAAGACAUCACCAAUAUAACUCAAUAUUUUCACAAAAACAAUGUAAACGUUAUGACAGUGAGACAACUUUUCGAUUUUAUAACGGAUCCAGCUAUAAAUUUACAAAAUAGAUAUGAAUAUUUAGACAUAAUCGAUUUACCCAAUCAUUACAUAUCCACCCAAAACGGCACAUCCAUAAAUAAUCAAAUAGAUGAAGAGGUAUUUAAACAAGCAUUUAUUCCCAGAAAAUUGGAUGAAAUUAUUGACCACGAGAAAGAUUUUGACAAUUUGACAGCUGGAUUAACAAAAGAACUAUAUUAUUGUAGGAUCAGUGGUAUUGAAAACGGAGAUUACAAAUUGUAUAUAAAAAAGGAUUCACGAGUACCCCAAGCAUUAAUAUCUCUUAAAGAUUUAAGCAUUCAAAAUGAUGAACCCGGUUUUUUAACAACUGAUAAUAAGAAUCAAAAUGAUUUUGAUAUCAUUGAUGUUGGCGAAUCAGAACGAAAUAACUCGACUUAUACAGCAGAUUCCGACUCUGAAUCCGUAACCGCUAAUGAAGACUCUACAUCCAGUCAUAGCCAUUUAACUAUUAAGUCUGACAAUGUUAUGAUGAAACAAAAAUAUGUUAAAUAUCAACGUGAUAGAGACGAAUCCCCGAAUAGUAAAAAGGAACGAAAACAGGCUGUAAAGGAUGAAAAACGCGAAAAAAGAGAAACCAAAACUCCAAAAUACGAAAAAAAGAAACAAAAUGCUAAAAAAUAUUGUCGCCAAGGCUGGAAAAGGAAAUAAACAAAUUUAAAAAAUUUUUUUAAUUAAAAAUAUUUAUUUAAUAAAAACAAUAUAUCAUUUGCUUAAAAUUAAAUAGAAUAUUUAAAAAAACGUGAGAAACAUAUUACCAAAAUGUUAAUCAAUUUUUCAUAUUGAAAUUUAGAAAAUUUGAUGCUAUUAUUUUUCUGUAUUUUGAACCAGAUUGACUUUUCACCGAACCUUUUAAAACAUAACCCUUGAA